AUGGAUCAGCUCCGAUACUGGAGACUCCGGGGAAAAGAGGGUAUCUACCACUUAGACUACUCAGGUACCUACGUAGCUUGCAAGGGUUCAGUUGCCGAUUUUAGCAUUUGGGGUGUCAUUGCCUCCGUCUUGGAAUUUUUUUUUGCUUGGGACUGA